GCGGGCGGAACUCUCGGCGCGGAAGUCCCUGUAGCUUGGAGACGGUGCCGGGGCCUGCCCGCGACUGACUGGACGGAACCGCUGCCGCGAUCAUGGCCGAGACUGACCCCAAGACCGUGCAGGAUCUCACCGCUGUGGUACAGACACUGCUUCAACAGAUGCAAGACAAAUUUCAGACCAUGUCUGACCAGAUCAUUGGAAGAAUUGAUGACAUGAGCUGUCGCAUUGAUGACCUGGAGAAAAAUAUUGCAGACCUCAUGACACAAGCAGGAGUGGAAGAAUUGGAAGGAGAGAACAAGAUGCCUGCUACUCACAAGAGUUAAAGUUGCCAGUAAUUUAAGAUGAACGCAGGAAUACACUUUUUUUUACAAAUCCACAGGAUUACCGAACAGUUUUUUGCAACUAGUGUAUGUUAAAGCAUUUUAUAUGGUUAUAGAGCUUGCAUUCCUAAUGUAUAUUAUAUAGCUAGAUUUAGGUUAGUAUAUUUUGAUUUGUGUAGUGUAGUUCCACACUUUUUGAAUUCUUGUUAUAAGACUCAAUUGUAUUAAACACAGACACUUGAUGGCUCUUAACUAAAACUACUGAAUUUGAGUGGAUUUUUUUGUGAAGACAUUUUUAUUUACUAUACUUUUCUAAUAAUUUCAUUUUGAUGGCUAAAAAAAUCUAGUGAUUUUUGUCAAAUUGAAAAAACUACUUCUUGUUUCGUAACUUAACACUUUUCAGGAGUGAAGCACAAGUUUGAAAUUGAUUUAUAGUUCUAUUUAGAUAGCGUCAUUAUACCAGUACAAAAUGAUAUUAGUAAUGUUUUUAAUACACCCAGUAAGAAACUCUUGGAUAUUUAAGAUGUUAAGUAUAAAGAAUCAAUUUUUUACUUAUACUCCUAGCAUUACUUUACCUACUGUAUGUGGCUAUGACUAAGAAUUGAAAUAUGACAUAUGAUAGAAACAUCCCUCCAAAGGUAAGCAACCACUGUAGCACAAAUAGGUUAUUCAUUUAUUAAUAAAUCCCAUGAUGAAGGGUUUGUAAUAAUAGCUAAGUCUAAUAAUAUUGCAAGACACUACAAUGAAACUCUGCUAGUGUAUGUUCAUCAGCAGUAUCAGAAUUGAAAAAUAUGCAUUGAAGUAAUGGUCUGUUACAAUAAGGCACUGUCUAGGAAAUGCUAGGUACCUGGUCUUUGAAAACAAGUCACUAGCUCUCUGUAUGAAAUUAAGUUGCUUAGCUGAGAAGCGGAGUAUUCAGGAAUCCUGGGAAAGGAGGAGAUCCAGUUAUCAAGGUUAUAAAAUCCUGCUACUAUGUGAGCAACAAAUAGCAGGUAGAAUUCAUAAUACCCUGUUUUAGAAACUCUGUUCGGUUACCUCUCUCUUAAUUAUACUUUUCUCCAAUUUUUACCUGGUCCUUAAAUUCCAUAGUCAGAGCAUUUGGAAAUCACAAAUGUUUGUCAAAAGAACCUUUCCAUACCAUUUCGAAGAAAAUGGACUCUGAUCAAUGCUAGGAUGAUACUAUAUGACUGCUACAAUACCACAACUUGUUUGAGAGAUUAAUCUAAACAGCCACUAACAGCAUAAAGCAGAUAUCACACUUAAUGCUGUGAUGAGUGCCUCUAAAUUAACGUCACUGGAAUUAUGAAGGCAAUAUGUAGGUCUGUGACAUUUCUCAAAACAGGGAAAAUUGUAUUGAGUUCAUAGUAAUGUUAGCGAAAAUUGAUUGUAGGAAAUGUAUACUGUAUCACCAGCCUUACAUUUGUUGUACUGUCAUUAAAUUAUCUAAUAAAAUUUAAAUGGUAAUUUACAAUAGUCAGAUCAUAUGUAAUGUAAAAUACUGUAUGUGCGUGCACAAACUUUUAACUUUGACAUUGUACAAAUCACUAAAAGGCCUUAGCAGAGAUAUUUCAGCUACAUUAUGUGUUAUGAAUAAAUUAUCUGAUGCACACUUAUGGUUAAUCUAGAUUUAACAAUAUUGAAAUUUAUGAUAUGGAAAUUAUGUCUGUGCUUCCAAUACUAUGGUAAAAGGUCAAGUUAAAAUUGGGUGUUGUUUUAAUUCUCAGAUGCUGGUAUUUUUGUAUGAAGACAUUAGCGAUAACCUUCUAUAGAAAAUAGAUUUGAAUUUCUGUGCAAAGGAGUUUGUCAGAGAACUGGUAUUAGAAUUUUUCCUUGAAGUAUAAGUCAGUUUCCUCAUUAAAACAUUUUAGUGGAAAAUUUCAGCUUAAUGGACAAGUUACUAUAUACUUUGAUAAAAAGAUUAAACUUAGAAAUGUUACCUGACCAGUGUCAAUAGUUAAAUGUUAAUCUAGAAACCAGUAAUUUUAAUUUUAUGCAAAGGAAUGCCUUUCACUCAGUUACAUAUCAUUUUAAGAUCUGCAUAGACUGUUUAUACUAAUUGACUUACAAUAAAGUUGUUCAAGUUAUAAAUCUAAA